AUGGCCUACAGUGCUCCCAAACACACGUCACCAAUGAAUACCAGGAAAGGAUCACCAUCUAAUCGCCCAAGCGCUGUUUCUGCCUUGGUUCCGUUAGAUGACACCCAUGACAUUCUUUGCCGAAAUAUGCCCCCGAAUGCGUUGUUCUUCUGCAGUUCGUGCAAAGAGGUUCUUCUCCAGCGGAACAUUCCAAACCAUCAUUGUGUUGAAGUGACGCGGCCAAAUGAACUCUUAGAGACCUUUUAUAACACGCGUUGUGCCGUGCCUGACCCAGAGAGUGGGGUUGAGUGUGCCAGGAGUCUUAACUGCAAAGUUCAUAGUGCGCAUUUGAAGCGAGCAGUUACCAAGCGAACAAUCGCCUAUGACGUACUAAUUAAGAAGAAUGCCGAGGAGAAGAAGAGAAAGAAGAGUAGCGGUGUCGAUCUGGAAGAAGAGCGACCUGAAAAGAAGAAGAAAAGGAAGGAGAAGAAAGACAAGGUAUCCGAUAGUUAUGUAAAGCUAGAGGAUAACAUCACCAGCCGCAUUCUAGCACACGUUCCUGUGAUCGAAAAGACCUUCUGUCUCCCGGAUAUCAAAUUCAAUACACUGGCCAUCCGGAGCAUCUUUUUCCAGCCAUUAAAGAUCCAAAGAAUGCUCCAAGAGAAGAAGAUGGCCCGCCACCAAUAA